AUGGUGGUGGUGGAGGGCGGCGGCGGCGUGGUGGGUGUGGCGGUGGUGGUGAGGGAGUACGACGCGAAGAAGGACCUGAAAACAGUGGAGCAAAUGGAGAAUAGUUGCGAGGUCGGGCCGACCGACCAAAUGGCCCUCUACACGGACCUCUUGGGCGACCCGACUUCCAGGAUCCGAAACUCGCCUGCUCAUCUCAUGCUGGUGGCGGAGAUGGUGGUUGUGGGCGGCGGCGGCGGGGGAGAGGAUAGAGUGAUAGUGGGGACGGUGAGGGGCUCCAUUAAAACCGUCACCUGUGGCACCAAACCACCCAGAAAUUCAAAUCCAAACUGUAACGACCCACCACUCCCCAUCUACACUAAACUCGCUUACAUCCUCGGCCUUCGUGUUUCUCCAUAUCACAGGCGAAUGGGAAUUGGGCUGAAGCUUGUUCGCAAGAUGGAGGAAUGGUUCCGAGACAACGGCGCCGAGUACGCUUACAUGGCCACCGAGAACGACAACCAAGCCUCCGUCAACCUCUUCACCAAAAAAUUGGGCUAUUCCAAGUUCCGGACUCCGGCCAUCCUCGUCCGGCCCGUAUUCGCCCACCGGGCCCGGCCCGACCGCCGGGCCUCGAUCGUCCGCCUCAAUCCUUCGGACGCGGAAAAGCUCUACCGCCGCCGGUUCGCGGGCACCGAGUUUUUCCCGAGGGACAUCGACGCCGUCCUCAGCAACCGCCUGAGCCUCGGCACGUUCCUGGCCGUGCCGGGCGCGUGGCCCGGCGUCGAGGGGUUCCUGGCGGCGCCUCCGGAGUCGUGGGCGGUGGCGAGUGUGUGGAACUGCAAGGAGGUGUACCGUCUGCAGGUGAGGGGCGCUUCGCGCGUGAGGAAGGGCCUGGCGAGGGCCACGCGGGUGGUGGACAGGGCACUGCCCUUCCUGCGGAUACCUUCGGUGCCGGACGUGUUCGGGCCGUUUGGGUUUUUGUUUUUAUAUGGGCUUGGGGGUGAAGGCCCAGAUGCGGUGAGGAUGAUGAGGGCGCUGUGUGGGCUGGCCCAUAACAUGGCGCAGGAGGGCGGGUGCCAGGUGGUGGCGGCGGAGGUGGCGGGAGGGGACCCGCUCAGGUUAGGGAUACCGCAUUGGAAGAGUCUAUCGUGCGCGGAGGAUCUGUGGUGUAUCAAGCGGCUGGGGGAGGACUACAGUGACGGCUCGGUCGGUGACUGGACAAAGUCGCCACCUGGACCAUCCAUUUUUGUUGAUCCUAGGGAGGUUUAG